AUGGCGGGAUCAUGUGGAUCAUUUCGGCAACUUGAAGACAAGCCAUGUUCUGCGGAAAUCCUUUGUCAGAAAUGGUCACCAAAAAUGGAUUUGCUUGCACUUGUUACAGUCGAGGGGGAAGUGUGGUUACAGAGGCUGUCUUGGAAGAGAGUGUGGUCAAUUUCAGCCUCAGAAGCUGAUGAACGAGCGCUGUCUGUUGCAUGGCGGCCCGAUGGCAAGGUUUUAGCCGUGGCAUUCAACAAUGGUAAAGUUAAACUAUUCAAUAUCGAAAAUGCUGAGUGCGUUCAUGAGACCAAGAUUGAAAUGACGCCAACUUUUACAGAGUGGAUGGAAGAAGCCAAGAACAGUACAGGCGAAGAAACGUUCCUAAACAGUAUCAUCUUUGAAGAAAAAUCAGAGCUCUAUCUUCCCUCACUUUUGCAUUUGCCAAAAUCUACCGGAGCUUUGUUUUCCAAGGAAGCUUCACAAGAAGAAUCAGAUGACCCAAAGAAGCUAAAGACCUUGCCCGAGAAUUUGAGUGUACUGGUGGUUGGCGAUAGCGGUGGCAAAGUGCAUUUGUUCCUUUAUGGAAUUUUCGUCUGUGUUGUUGUAGAUACAUCAGAUUCUAUGCAGAAGCUUCAUUGUGAAUCCCAAGUUAUCAGUGCAAUGGUGUCAAAUGAUCUAAAGGUGCUCUCUGUGAUUGUCAAAUCAAAUAUGUAUGAAUCAGAUAAGAAAGCUGUGUCUUUGUUACUAUAUGAUACCGGACUUCUUUCUGCAAGAUGCAAUGAACUUGCAGUUGUGGCUAAGAAAAUGGGCUUAGUUACUUGCUUGUUGGAGUAUUUUGAUAGUACAUUGCAGUCCAUGUCAGAUGCUUGGGAAGACAUACUCCUUGAGAUGGGCACAAAGUUGACAGAGUUUGCCGCAGAACGCCUGACAGCUGGAUCAAGUGUAAGCAGUGAAUUUCUAACCUUACUCACCCGUGGUGUUACAAGUCCGGAGCUGCAGUCCUUUCUUAUUCAUGAUCUCACAGAGAAAGGGUUAAAAAAGCUAGGGAACAGCAUUGAGAACUCAUAUGCAAGCAUUCAAACUCUGGCAUUAAAGCACUUACAGUGUGUGACUCAGUCUCUAAUGUACCAUGUGACUGAAAUUCAUGGCAUGUCCCUUUGGUACGAGAAGUUUGGUGUACUGGGUCUGUCAGAGUUUGAUCUACAAACAGCUGUGAAAGGCCUUGGUUCAAUCAUGUUGAAAACCCAAGAGCUUGUCCAUGUUAUUGAAUCAAACCUGAAAAGCUUUAAAGCAUUUUUUCAGUGGCUUUAUUACAUCAUCUUGAGCCUUUCUGAUGCUGAAAUUCCAGACUUCUUAAAACAAAGGAGCCAGCAGGACAUAAUGUUAGUGUCCGGUUUUAUUCAAGAUCAACUUGUAGUCAACAGUCAAGGAAAGUUUACACUUGAAAGAGUUGGUCAAUAUUUUGAUCCAAAGCCAUUAUCCGUAAAACCUUCAUUUGGUAACAAUGACUGGACAAAGUUUGUGGAAAGUCAUCCCACCUUGAAGUCCAGUCCUUUGCUGAUUCCGGAUAAUGCAUUUGAAUCUCUGGUCAGCCUCUCUACACAGCUUCAUGAGCACAUCAGAAAAGCCUUUGCAGGUCCAAUAACUGCAGUUAGCAAAUCAGUUUCAUUUUGGAAUUCUUUCUCUCUAUGUGAGAUAAUGGAGGGUGACCUUUCUUCCCUCUGUUUUGCUCAUUCCUCAAUGGGUACACCCAAGUGUUCCCUUGUGGUUUUUCCGGAGAAUGAAAAGUUGUGUAUUCUUUCUUUUGAACCAAAUUGUCCUAAGUUAUCUUUUACCAGAGUUUUUGUUGACCAUCUUCCUUAUGAUUGUGAACCAGUUAAAUACUCUUUUUCUGAUGUGAUGUUUUAUGACUCAGAAUAUUUGUCAGUCCUUCUUGAGAAACAAAGGGUGGACAAACAAGAGGAUGAUGACAAGCAGGACAAAAGCAUUUCAAUAUUGGCCCAAGUUCCUCUUCAAUGGCUUGAACAGAAGGAUUUUCUUGAUGUCACUCAACUCGGACAGAUGUGUCUAAGUGAUCUGCCAGAACCUCCAGCCAUUGAUGUUGGACCAAGAAUUACCCAUUAUCGGAAAUUGACUGCAAUGAGGGCAAAGUCUUUGGCUGUUAGUGGAACUCGCAAGGUUGCUUGUGUAUUGUCUUUAACACGACGGCAUGUACGACUCUUUGAUAUGGUUGCUGAGGAUGAUGAGACAGAAGAUGAUGAAGUUGAGAAUGAAGAUUUGAACAAUUCCUUUGAAGAGCAGUAA